CACCAACAAACACACACAGAGACACCUGUACACACACACAGACAUGUACAUACACACACACAUACACACACAGAAACAUAUACACACACGCACAGAGACACAUGUACACACAUACAGACACACGUAUACACACACAGGCAUGUAAAGACAUGCAUACACACAGAUACAUGUACAUACACAGAAAUACACACGCACAGACACAUGUACACACAUACACAUGUACACACAGACACAUGUACGUACAUAGACACAUGUACAUGCACACAAAGACACACAUGUACAUACACACAUACAUGUACAUACACACAGACACAUGUACAAUUGUACAAGCAUACACAGACACACACACACACACGUACACACACACACACCACCCCAAUAAAAAGUUGCAGUACUUCGUUGUUCACUCACAGAGCUGGGUACUGCACUCUAGGGGGAGGCAGAGAGCACAGCACACACUCCUUCCUUUGCUUUCACUUCGCACAGCUAUUGAGCAGUCUGACGGCUCCCAGUGCCAAUAGCAGAUCUGGCCUGAGCUCCAAGCCUGCUCAGCAAGAUGGCCCUGGGAUGCACACUCGCCCUCACCAUAAUUUCCACUCGCCAUUGGCGAACAGGCGAGUGGAAAUUUCAAAC